AUUCAAAGCCAGUCCUCUAGUUUGAAGGUUUUAAUACAAUUACACUAGUUUUAGCAAAAUAAGUUCAAGGGGAAAUCUUUUAGAAGUUUCACCCUAACAAGUGCUGCAAAAAUAGUCAUAUAACUCAUCGUUUUCUGUGCAGAGUGACCAGAGUUCUCGUAUAUGUAAGCGUGUGUACGUCAUGUGAAACGUGAAUGAUACAUUCUUAAAGAGUCUCUUCACUAUUCUUGAUUAAAGAGUGAGAGAGAGUGAGAGAGAGAGACUGAGAAAGAGAUAUCAGAGAGAGAGGGGAAGAAUGAAAAGAAAACCAUGCUGUGAGAAGGAGGGUCUGAAGAGAGGACCAUGGACUAGUGAUGAAGAUGAAGCUCUUGUUCAGUUCAUCGACAAAAAUGGCCCUGGAAACUGGAGGGCUCUUCCCAAGCUUGCUGGUCUUCUCCGGUGUGGGAAGAGUUGUCGUCUCCGAUGGAUCAACUACCUGAGGCCAGACAUCAAACGAGGCCCCUUCACUCCUGAAGAUGAGAAGCUAGUCAUCCAGUUGCAUGGUAUGCUUGGUAACAGAUGGGCUGCCAUUGCAUCUCAACUACCAGGAAGAACAGAUAAUGAGAUCAAGAACUUGUGGAACACCCACCUAAAGAAGCGUCUGAUUUCCAAGGGCAUUGACCCUCAAACUCACGAGCCCUGUACUUCUGUCAAUGGCUUACAACCAAGACCAUCCGCGUCCCCUUCAACGCGCCACAUGGCACAGUGGGAGACGGCCAGGCUGGAAGCCGAGUCUCGCCUUUCCAAAGAGACAACACUUCUGAUUCAAUUACCAGAUGGUAAAACUGAGAACGAUUAUUUCCUCAGAAUGUGGAACUCUGAAGUAGGAGAGUCAUUUCGAAACCUCAACAAAUCAGGAGCCGAGAUUUCAGCCUGUCAGAGUCCAUUCUCUCAGGCAUCUUCAUCGACAAAGAAUGGAUCUGUUUCUGGCACAACUGCAGAAGUAUGUCACUCCGCAGCAGAAUACACACUCGUGAAAAUGGAAAACACCAAGCCAAACACUGAUUACUUCACGGCCAGAUCGUAUUCGUCAAGCACUGAUGAGUUAGAAGAUCCUGCAAGCACAUUACAGUUGCUCUGGGAUUAUCCUGGCAGCGAUGACAUGAGCUUUCUGGAAGGACAUACCUACAACUAUGACAUAUAUCCAGGAUUUCCAAGUGGAGACAUAAGUCUUUCCAACUCAGAUUAUUAAGUAGUUUAGAGCCUCUAGUUAUUCAGCUGGAUCUUGUUUUUAAGUGUUUCCAGCAGCGCAGAAACAAGUUAAUUAAUUAACUAGCAGACCUUCCAAUCUAGUUAUAAUAUUAGUAGACCUUCCAAUCUAGUUAUAUAUAAGAGUUGUU